AUGGAGGUUGAGGACAGAGCCGAGCUCUGCUUUCCACAGUUCCCUAACACCUCCUGCAGGAAGCCCAUUUCUCCUUGGCCCGAAACAGUUACCAUUGUGUUCUACUCCAUCUCUCUGAUCACUGUGGCUCUCAACCUGGUUAUCAUCAUCUCAAUCUCCCACUACAGGCAGCUCCACACACCCACCAACAUCCUCCUCCUCUCUCUGGCUGUCUCAGACUUUCUCGUGGGCCUCAUGCUGAUGCCCGCAGAAAUACUCCGAAAAACAACCUGCUGGUUUCUUGGUGGCUAUGUGUGUUCUGUGUAUGCUCUUAUUUCAACUAACAUUCCCUCCUCAUCAAUAGGUACCAUAGUGCUCAUAGCAGUUGACCGUUAUGUGGCUAUUUGUGACCCUCUGCAUUACACCACUAAAGUCACCGGGAGAAGAGUUAAACUCUGUGUUUAUUUGUGUUGGCUCUGUUCUGUUUUCUACAGCUUUCUUUAUAUAAAGGAUUUCCCGACUCAACCAGGGAGGGAUAAUUCCUGCUACGGAGAAUGUGUGUUUUUCUAUGACCCUAUCUCAUUGACUGUUGAUCUUGUAUUGACCUUUAUUGUUCCAGUUACUGUCAUCAUAGCUCUGUAUCUGAGAGUAUUUGCCGUGGCUGUGUCUCAGGCUCGUGCCAUGCGCUCUCACAUUACAGCUGUCACACUCCAGCUUUCAGUGACUCCAAAGGCAAAGAAAUCAGAGCUGAAAGCAGCCAGGAAUCUUGGUGUUCUUGUAGUUGUGUUUCUAAUGUGUUUCUGCCCAUAUUACGGUUUCGCUAUUGCAGGUGAUACAUUUCUCACCACUUCAUUUGCAUCCUUUAUUGUUCCAAUGUACUAUUCUAACUCUUGUUUAAACCCUGUGAUCUAUGCCUUCUUGUACCCCUGGUUUAGAAAAGCAGUUAAACUCAUUGUUACUCUUCAGAUAUUGCAGCCUGGCUCCUGUGAGGCCAACAUGUUGUAG